GGUUGUGUCAUUGUUGAAGAUGGCGACGGCGGCGGCGGUGUUGAUGGUGUUAUUGUCGAGGUUAGACGUUCCUUCCUGGCCACGUUCGUCGUGAUCCGGUUUCGAUCGACGCUCUUUCACUUCACCUUUUCUGCUCAAUGCCUGGAGAAAGGCUUGAAGGCCACAAAACCCCAUUGAACCAUCGUCCAUCUCUAGAAAUAUGGGAAUUACUUUUACUUAAACAAAACGGCGAACAGUGAGUGGUUGCCUAUAACUGAACCAAGUGAACCAACCGACCCCUCUACCCUUGUGGGGACGCAGCAAACACACAGACACAGAGAAGACUUGUUUACCGCUACCAGCCACCACCACCCCUAAUAGCCCUCUGUAACACCACUAUUCUCUGCUAGACAACGCCACCAUGGAAAGAGGCAGUGGAAUGUCGAUAUACGGGGACAUGUAUGGCAAGCAGUUUGCUCAGAGAAGCGGCAGUUCACAGGCACAAAGGAUCAGCCACAGCAGCAGCCUCCCAGGGGGCAAGCAGAUUUCAAUGGGCCACCACGCUUUGGAUGCCCAGAGAAUACAACACAUCAGCCAGAAUGUUUUCCCUACCGAUGUUUAUGGAAACCCCUUCACACAAAACUGCUACUUUCCUUUAACGCCCGAAAGGAUGCAGCUUAUGACGGCUCCUGGAAGUUGUUUCGGUGGGACCAGCGGCAGCGAGGGCUCGGGUAACUGCAACCAGGGCAGCAACCUCAGCGCCGAUAGUGGUUACCACCAGAAGGACACUGCACCGGUGUCCAUGGCAGUUGCACCAUUGCAAAAAAACACGAUGGUGUCCUCGAUGACACCGGGCAAUGACUGCAGUUGCAGCAACUGCAGUUGUUGCAGUAGCGACAAUGUUGUGAACAACAGCAACACCAACAACAGCAGUAUGGCCAACGACAGCAGUGGGGGAGACAAUGUGAAAAGCUCCUACUCUCAGGCCACUGUGUCGUCCACUUCCACUUCCAACAGCUGCGGAGAUUCUGGCCAGAAAAAAUUCAUCCAGGCAUCAAAGUCUCCCGCACCUGUCCAGCCCUCCUAUGCUGCGUCCAACCAGUCGUUUCAACGACAAGAGCGAACAAGGGAGAAGCAGUUAUUCUGUGAUUUUUGUGGGAAACAUUUCACGCAAGAAUAUCUGAUGCACAACCACCGACGCACCCAUACGGGGGAGCGUCCGUUCGGUUGUGACAUCUGCGGAAAACAGUUCGGACGUAGGGAUACACUUCAGAGGCACAAGCGCAACCAUGAGCGACCCCAGCAAAAUAACGUAGUGACCUCUCCUGACAUAAACGACGGUAGAGGCAACAUGGACGGAUGCAUGAGGGAAGAAUACCACCCGAAACCGACUCAACCCACCCCAAUGGUGACAAACGUUGCUAGGAGAACCAACAGCAUGAGCAAUGUCCCGUCUUACAACACCCAACAAAUGUCAGAGCCAGGCACAGUGGUCAUCAUGCCGUUUUCCCAUGAAAAUAGUGGCAGUGCUGAAGAUAAAAUGCGGUCCCGAAUCAAGGGCGAGGCAAUGCCAGCACAUUCCGGCAUGGUGCCACAUAUGCCCAACCCCCAUGGCGACAGAUCCUCAAAGAUGUAUCAGUGUGACAUCUGUUUCAAGCCGUUUGCUCAACGCCACUACUUGCGCAUCCACAAAAGGUCCCACACCGGGGAGAAGCCUUACCAGUGUGACUUCUGCAUUCAGAAGUUUGCCCGACGCGACACCCUCUUGAUUCACCGUCGCACCCAGCACACAGGGGAACGGCCGCACCACUGCGAGCUGUGCGGAGAAGCGUUUUAUCACCGUUCACAGCUGAAGAUGCAUCGCAGAGCAAAGCACGUCCUCAAGGCCAGCAACAGCAACAGCAGCAACAACAGCAGCAGCAACCAGAGCCACAACAACAGCAGCAACAACAACAGCAACAAUAUGGCUCAGUAUAACAUGAAUAAAGACCACAACAACAUGAACCUCAGCAAUGAGAACACCGGGAUGUUUGUGUACAAAAAACGUUACCAGUGCGACUACUGCUUCAAGCAGUUCGCUCAACGCUAUUACCUGCAGAUCCAUCGACGGAUCCACACCGGGGAGAAGCUGCUGCACUGCGAUGUUUGCUACAAGAAGUUCACCCAGAAACAUUAUCUCCAGAUCCACAAGAGGACCCACACGGGGGAGAAGCCCUUCCAGUGCGACUUCUGCAUCCAGAAAUUUGCCCGUAAAACCACUCUUCAGAUCCAUCGCAGAACCCAUACAGGGGAACGGCCCUACCAAUGUGACGUGUGUCUUAAACAGUUUGCACAACGCGAUAAGCUCACAGUUCACCGACGCACACACAACCCAAAGCGCCGCUAUCAGUGCGACAUCUGCUUCAAGCAGUUUGCACAACGCCAUUAUUUACAGUUGCACCAGCGAUCCCACACCGGAGAGAAACCGUUCCAGUGCGACAUCUGCUUCAAGCAAUUCUCUCGUAAGAAUUCCCUGCAGAUGCACACUCGGUCGCACACAGGCGAGAAACCAUUCCACUGCGACAUCUGCUUCAAACAGUUUGCCCAGCGUCAAUACCUUCAGCUGCACAAGCGCACACACACGGGCGAGAAGGCCUACCAGUGCGACAUCUGUGCCAAACACUUUGCUCGUCGCGACACGUUGCAGCGCCACAAGCGUAUCCACCUGAAGAAUUCCAUGAAUCCGUCCAAGACCAACAUGGAGGAACUAUCACCUAUGAACAACUAUCUUUGGUCGCUGUAGACCGAAGCGGCAAACGAGAGAGAGAUGGGAUAACGAGGAUGAGACCAUAGCUAUGGCCUUGGGCAUUCACCUGGGAAAACAAUCAUACGUGGCCUUUGUGGUUGUGUAGCAGUAUGAGAAAUUGUCUAUAUGUAGACAUUCACAUAUACACACAUAUUUAUAUACACCCAUGGACUUUUUGCAUAAACAUCUCAGAUAUUUUGUAUCUACAUCACACACACACAUACAUGAAUAUGUAUGUAAAGAUAUGUAUAUACAGAUAUCUGUGUAUGUGCCAUCCCUAUAUACACAUGUAUAUCCACAUGUACACUGCCACACACAAAGCCACCUGUUCACAUGUAUCCAUGUGGUUUUUGAAAUCUUCCCGCUGCAACUUUUAACACUAAAACAAACAACAAAAAAACACACAGCUGUAAGCUUUUUUUUUUUUUUUUUUAUUCCUUACCAACACUUUACAGCAUGGGUUGGCUGGGUCUAGAAAUUCUCACUGUUUACACGGAAAUCUCAGAACAGCUGUGUGUACCCUGGAUUCCCUGAUCCCUCUUAUAUCAUCUAUCAAUGAAACACUGGAAACUGCAAAAUUUCUUCUUUUCUUGGCUUAAAAAAAACGAAAAAAAAAUGACAAAACAAAAAAAAAAAACCAUUUCUUUUAUGGAAAC